CAAGAUCUUGGUAAACCAUUACCACCAGCACCUGGUAAUGCAGUUGUUGAUAUUACAGGAUGAGGUAGAAGAAACAAAGAAGAGUGUCAAUUUUUAGGAAGAUUAGGAAUAGCUAAAGCAAAAAAUUAAAAGGGGAAGGGGAAAAAAUGGCAAGCAGGAUAUCAUAGCAACUACUUCUACCCGUUUUGACCAUAAUGUAUGUGAGUUAUCUCUUGGAUAAAGAAGCCAGCAUGUAUCCGGCAUCCGCAAGGUGCAACAACAACCUGCCAGUGCAAAACUUUGUCUCUACGCCACCCUACUCAGAUUAUAUGGGAUAUCAUCAUGUGCCAAGUAUGGACAACCAUGGACAAACUUCAGGAACCUGGGGAUCUCACUAUGGCCCACAAAGAGAGGAUUGGAAUGCCUAUGGGCCCGGACCCUCCAGCACAGUUACUGUUGCACAGAUCAAUGGCUCCUCUCCUGGGCAGGUCUCCUACAGUUCUACUGAUUACAACUCUCUUCAUCCUGCUGGAUCUGGGAUUUUACCUCCUGUAGAUACAGUUAAUACGGAGCAAAUCUCUCCCAACUCUCAAAGGCACAGCUCUUAUGAAUGGAUGCGGAAAACAGUGCAAUCUAACACUGCAGGUAAAACAAGAACAAAAGAAAAGUACCGGGUUGUUUACACAGAUCAUCAAAGACUAGAAUUAGAGAAGGAAUUUCAUUGCAACAGAUACAUUACAAUACGGAGAAAGUCUGAACUUGCCGCUAACCUGGGACUAUCUGAGAGACAGGUGAAAAUCUGGUUUCAGAAUCGCCGAGCCAAGGAGAGAAAAAUGAUCAAGAAGAAAAUCUCGCAGUUUGAUGGCAGUGGGGGCUCAGUUCAGAGUGACUCUGGCUCAGUCAGCCCAGCUGAAAUGUCCCACUCCCUCUUUCCACCCCCACAUGCAAUAAAUGGAUUACAGCCCAUUGAGAUACAGCAGGUCAUCGUUUCAGAAUGAACAGGGUGGGAAAAAUGUGAAAAGGAUUUUUCUUUUCUCUGUGACAUGUCAGUUUUGUGAAGGACCAUUCUCAUUCAGGUCUCUUCAGAGUGCUGGCUACCCUGCACAGGAACCAGGACUGUUCCCAAAAUAUUUUAAUUACUGCAGAAAUCUCAGGGAACCCUUGCUGCUAAAAUCCAUCACUCAUAAAGCUUUGAGUAGGAUGUAAUUUUGUUGCAGAUAUUGCCAGGAAGAGUGAAACAACUGAAGACUAGGGGGAAGGUAGUUCUCGCCGGUUUAUAUUUUGCAGAAAAUUGUUGGUGAACAGUACAAUACAAGGAAAUGUGAGAUGCUGGCUCUAUUUGUGUGCAUUACAUUUUUAUAUAAUUAGAGUUACCUGUAGAUGUUUAUAAACAUUCAUAUUUAGAAUACAGAAGAGUAUGCCACCUUUUAAAAAAAGACGCAACAAAAAUAUUUUAAAUACAUCAAGAAAAAAUGUGACAUAAUGUUACAAUAACAACAUAUUGCAUCUAGUCAAAUUAAAGGUAUCUUUUCUGUCCUACGUUACUGUACACAGCAUGUUCAAGGCUUCUAAAUACAAUAAAUUUACAAACCUGUAGUAUCUUACACCAAACCUGCCAAGAUUUGUUUGAUGGUAAGAGCUUUAGAAAUUAGUAAAUACCAAAUGGCUCAAAGCAUAUAAACACUACUUCAUUCUUUGAUUACUGCAUACUUUAUUGUUUAAUAAAAAGAGGAUUGACAGAAAAAUCUGUUAUUUUUAACAAAGUCUCUAUGCAUUUGCCUCAUGACCUGAAGGACUGGAGUAAAAAAAAUAAAUAAAAAAAUCGGCCUUUGGCUAGUUGCAAGCAUUUCCCAUUGAUUGUAAAUAGGGUUUGUGUACUGGCUGACAGGCAGAAUGCAAGUCCUUCUGAUUUGUUUAGCAUCAGGUGUAGAGCGCUAACACCAGUGCCAGACUAUAUUGAGUAAUUAGUGCCAGCAACUCAGCAUUCAUGAACACUUCCAUAAGUUUACUUUGCCCAUGACAAAGAAACAAAAAGGGGUUUUUUCCUGGAGAAAGAAACUAGAGUUGGGGCUGGGGUUUGGACGGGGAGAAGUGGGUGGCAGAAGAGACAACAAAAGAAAAAGCUGUAAGUUGACAUCCAGAAGAUUUUUACAUGUCCUAAAUGUAUUCUUCAUCUCAACAACGUCAAAGUCUUAUACUUAGAAAUAAAAAGCCAAACCAAUGCACCCAGCAGCAUGGGUAAAACUAAAUAGACGACUCUGAUUCUAUACAGCCAACUGCUUGUUUUGAAGACAUGUGACAAUGGUUUUCCCAGUUUAUUUGAAGAUUCCCCAUUCCUAUCACCCUACCAUUCAUUAGUUGCUAAUGCUAUAGAAUAACACACAGUUUAGCAUUGGUUGCCAAUACUAUAGAAUAACAUACUGUGGCACUCUUAUACAAGAGCCAGUUACAAUGCUUUACAAUGCAAGAAGUAUAGCUGAAGCAGAGCUACUGCCUUAUUAUUACCCAUAGCUUCCACACCAGUCAACAUUGGGAGGCCAGUUAUCACAGAGAGGCAAGCUAGAGCUAUUUUUAAGUUAUUGUUCACUGGUGAAUGAUAUACCCAAUGUGUUAUUCCUCCUAAAGCCUUCAGCCACUAGCACACUUCUGUCUCCCUUCACUGAUGCUUUUCUGGCCUUCAAAACUGAACUGAGUCACAAAUAUAACUUGUUAAACAAUAAUGUAAGACUUUGCUAAUGACCAAUGUCUACAAAUACAUCAGGAAAUGUGCAUGUUUCUUGUAUUCUAUUAAACUGCUGCCUCAAUGACUUUCAUAUUAUUUCAUAAAAUUAAUUGCAUGUACCAAAGGAUUCUUCAAGGGAUCCUUGCUAAGUAAUUAGCUUUUUGUAACUUUUAGGUUAAAGGGAAACCCUUGAAGGAAAUCACAUUAAAAUAUUACCAUUGGCAGCACUAUUUGGAUUUUUUUAAAUGAACCCAUGCAAGUGUACAAAUUCCAUUUUAUGCUUCUGGCAUGUGGCUAACAUGUCAUUGGGGAGCUUUUAAUUGGCUGUUAAAAGAUUAACUGAAUAAAUAUACUAAAAGUUAACAUUCAAAUAGCAGUCUAUAUUGCCAAAGCACUACGUAAAUAUUAACAAAUCAAUCCUCAAUACAUUUGAGUAGAGAGCAGUAGUUAGCUGUUAGUCUGAAGUCAGGCAGAAGGCAGGACAGGGUGGCACCUUUGAGACUGAUAGGUUUAGAGAGCCAUGAGCUUUGGUAGGUGACAGCUUGUUUCAUCAGAUGUAUUUCCCCAUUUUACAGAUAAGGAGAAUGAGACUAAUUGGUUUAUCCCAAUGCCACAUAGACAGUUUGGGUUAGAACUGGGAUUCAUACGCCUCCUCUGUGGUCAUGCUGUCUUCAAGUCAAGAAGCUGGAUGGCAUGAAAGAUAGAGCUGCAAAGUCUUUGUAAAACUGUCACAGAUUAUUCCCUGUAUAUAUGCAUGGUCAGGAAUGUGUGUUAGCUUAGGGGGGUUCUGUUUCCAACAAAUAUGCUGCACAAAUUCAAAACAGGUUCAAAUUUGAGAUCAUUUAAAACUAGCAUGCUGAGAUAUCCUCACUCAACCUGCGGUUUGCCCACUAGCUGUUCUGAGUUGCCAGGCUGCCAGGAAGUGUCCUGCUGUUCUGAGAGAGUGACAGAGCUGCUGAAAGCAUAAGGUUGAAUUACAGAGCAACAGCCAUUGUUCUUGUGGGAGUGGGGGUAGGAAGAGGCUAGCUAAAAUGUGUGCCAAGUGAAAUUCUGUGAAGGAGCUAGAGAGAAAAGGGGAAUGGAGGACUUGUUUAGCCCUUCCAGGAUAUUUUAAAGUGGAUGUGGCUGGGAAAUGUGUUUCCCCUCACAAAAAUAACUGAAUGGAAUAAAGAAAGUUCUUUCAGUUUAUUCCUUUAAUUUUGUAAGAAUUGAUGUGUUUGUGCUAAGAAAACAAAAAGGGUUUCAGCAAUGAAAAUAAAAAUCUUCAACUGACUGAGACAAUUCCUGCAAAAUUAAAAAAUAUGUAUUAAACACUUCCACUCCAAACUUCAGAAACUAGCCAAACAAGUCAUUUCCUCUGGAAAGCUGAGAAAUCCUUUGACAAAGGAUAUGAGGCCUCACCAUCUGAGCCUCCUUUUCUGCACUGGCUCUAAGCCAAAGCCACCUUUGCCACCUGUACUGUGGACUGGGACCAAAACAACCUAGAGCUGCUUGACAUUGGAACAUUUUUUACUAGCCUCUUAUGGCAUGUUAUACCAGGACAAGAUAUCCCAGUAGCAUGGCACCCUGCUCCUAUACCCUACCAUGCCUACCUUGUCCUUUAGACCAUGGACUAAGAUAUGAGGUCAACACAGAGCUGUUAUACCAGGCUAACCCCUACAGUGUGAUUAUUUUAUAGGGUGUUUAAGACUCCGCUGUG